GACAGCAUCUGGAGAUAUGUGCGCUGCUGCCAGGCGAUUGAAUCAUCACGCUGCGGCUGCCGGCGAAUGCAAUCGAACGAUAACCUGUUCGGCUCACGGCGGCCAUUUGUUCCCUAUCGCACGGACCAAGUGCGUCUUCGUUCAUUCGACUUGGGUCUGUGCUCAGCGACGAGGGUCCCGAUAUUCGAGCAGCAACUGGCGGAGAGCUCGUUCCGGCAAGACAGUCCGGCUUCAGCACAACAAACAGGACGAAGAAAGCAUCGCCUGCCUGAGACCACAUCAUGUCGUGCUGUCCAAAGGAGUCGCCUGAGGACAUUGAUCAGAGGCGCAAGAGCAUCAAAAUCGACGAGGAUAUCAAACGACAUGCAACAGAGUCAAGAAAACACGCUGGCGUCAAACUGCUACUAUUAGGAGCGGGCGAGUCUGGAAAAUCCACCAUCCUGAAGCAAUUCAAGCUGAUUCAUGGCGGAGGAUUCACAAAUAUCGAGAUUGAGCGAUAUCGCGACGCCAUCUUUGGCAACAUUGUCGGGGCCAUGAAGAUUCUGAUCACGGAGAUGGAGCGAAUGGAGAUUUCGAUGGAGAUGGCGAAUGCAGAGGCAUGCAUACGAACAAUCCAAGAGGCCCCAUACUGGUUCAAGACAGAGGCGGGGAAAGAGGAGUUUUCCAAGGACCUUGUCGAGUCGAUGAAAUCGCUGUGGGCCGACCCCGGCACACAAAAAUGCAUGGAGCGAGCGAACGAGUUCCAAAUGCUCGACUCGAUUAUAUAUUUCAUGAGCAACAUUGACCGAAUCGCAACCCCGGGCUACAUCCCAACAAACGACGAUGCGCUGCGCGCUCGCAUCAUGACGACUACAAUCACCGAAAACCGGUUUGACAUUAUGGGCCUCGAGUACCGGAUCUACGAUGUCGGCGGGCAGCGCAGCCAGCGGAAAAAGUGGUUCAGCUUCUUUGACGACUGCAUAGCCGUGAUAUUCCUGGCCGCGGUGGGUUCCUAUGACCAGCUGUGCUCGGAGGACAACGAAACCAAUCGCAUGGUUGAGGCCCUGACGCUGUUCGAUGCCAUAUGCAAUAAUCCGCUCUUGAGCACAACCGCGAUGAUCAUCUUCAUGAACAAAAUCGAUCUACUGAAAGAAAAGCUGGAAUCCAAGCCGCUGGGAAACUACUUUUCCGACUAUACAGGACCCGACGAAAUAACCAGCGCGCUGUCGUAUUUCGGAACCAAGUUUGCCGAGGUCAACCGGUACCCGGACAAAAAACUCUAUAUCUACAGCACACAGGCGACGGACACGAGCCAAGUGGCGACAGUCUUUGUUACCGUGAGAACGAUCAUAACCAAGCUCAAUCUGCAGAAGAGUGGUCUCUGA